UUGUCGCGCUUUCCGGACCGAGACGAGGCGAAGAUUCGAAACGAGGCUUGGUGAAGACUCGAAAGGAGGACUUUGGUGGAGCUGUUAAAUUAGGCAAGCAAGGAGGCAGGAAGUGUGGUUCUCGCUACCCACUGCUCUCUCCCACUCUCUCUCGCUUGCCCUGUUCGCCUUUCUUGCUUUCCUUGGCUGGUCUCCGAUGCGGCCGUACCUCUUGCUAUCCUCCUUCCUGGUAGCGCUAGUGUUUGCGGGGCCCAGCUUCUUGCCGGCGACAGCAGGAGAUUGUCCCCUGGAUAUGAGUUGGUGGAAUUUAACGGCAGCAGCUUCUGUAUGCUCAGAUCAAAAUGAACGAGCUAAGUGUUGCCGCUAUAUCAAUGCCUUCAUUGCAGUUUCUGUUGCUUAUUAUGCAAAUGCAACAGGAGAGCUGGGUGUUCCUUCAGCAUUUUCUGAUGCCUGCUAUAAUUCUAUCUCUGACACCUUGAAAUUAAGUGGAAUACCUUCUAAUGCAACUAUGUUCUGUGGAUUGGGACUUAAAAUUCAUAUUUCCUAUCAAUGUGAGGGGAGAGUAACUAUCUCAGAUAUGCUGCAGUCUCCAAAUUUUUAUGAUGUCAUCAGAAACUGCAAGCUGCCACUAUCACUGGAUAAUAGUUGCAAAAGAUGCUUAAACUCUGGUUUGUCAUACCUUCGCCAUCUUGUAGGAGACCAAGAUAACAUUACCUUGAAUACCUGCCGUGAUGCAGCUUUUGUUGCACUUUCAAACCAGGGGGACAACUCAUCAAUAAUUGAUAUUGCAACUUGCUUCUUCAGUGUUAAAGGGCUCAGCAUUCAUCAAGGGAAUUCUUCAGAGCCAUUUUUUUCACCUGUUGCCCCAGCAACUUCUCCAGCUUCUGCACCAAUUAGUGCUCAUGAUCUUUUUGUUACACCAUUUAGAGAACAUCACCAUCCAUUCCAGCUCACUUUAAUACCAGGAAUUGGUAUUAUGAUUACUGGAUCAGCAAUUCUAUUACUAAUUAUCCUGAUACUUCUCAUUCAUAAGAAAAAUAGAGAAUUAAGAAGUGCCAGCAAUCCAACAAGGAGCACAUUGGAUGCCUCCUCUUUCCCACAUGUCUGGAAGACUAAGAAAGGUGCUUCCACCAUGUUUCAUAGGUACAGUUACAAGGAAAUAAAGAAAGCGUCAGGCAAUUUUAGCAAAAUUUUAGGAAAAAGUGAAUUUGGAAUCCUGUACAAAGCUCAAUUUGAUGAUGGGUUCGUUGCUGCUGUGAAACAGAUUAAGAACAUGUCAGUACUUAGUGAGGAAGAUUUUUGUCGAGAAAUGGAAAUUCUUGGCAGACUGCAUCAUCGUCAUCUUGUUACUCUCAGAGGCUUCUGUUCUUCUAGACAGGAGAGGUUCAUGAUAUAUGAAUUCAUGGAAAAUGGAAGCCUAAAAGAUCAACUCUAUUCAUCUGGACGAACUCCAUUACCAUGGAAGACCAGGAUCCAAAUAGCCAUUGAUGUUGCUAAUGCUCUGGAGUACCUCCAUUAUUAUUGUGAUAACACUCUUUGUCAUGGGGACCUAAGGUCAAGCAAUGUCCUUUUCGAUAAGAAUUUCUUAGCAAAGGUUGCUUAUUUUGGUUUGGAGCAUUCUACGAGAUGUGCAAGUAGACAUGUACCGCACAAUGGUAAUGCAUUGGGAACUUCAGGUUAUCUGGAUCCUGAGUAUAUGGUCACCAAGAUGAUGACUGAUAAGAGUGAUGUCUACAGCUACGGGGUACUGCUGCUAGAGCUUGUGGUUGGAAAGCAGGCAAGCCUUAAUCACAGAAAUCUGGUUCAAUGGUCUCAGGAACUAGCAGACAGUUUUAGGCUCUCAGAAUUGGUUGACCCAGCUAUUGCAGACGCAGUCGAUUUAGAGCAGCUCCAUGUGGUGGUGGGGAUAGCAAAGUUGUGCACUCAGAGGGAAGUGAAGGAAAGACCAUCAAUCAAACAAAUUCUCAGAAUGCUACGUGAGAGAUUGGAUCCUUCAUACACUGGCUUUGCUAAGGCUGUACAAGGUGAAGGCUGUCAUGAUGAUGGGAGGUUAUUCACCGAGAAGCAACAAGAAAAUGAGGUUAUCGCGUUGAGUGGAGAUGCGAGAUGUCUUCAGUCUUCUUCAAGCACUUCGAGAUCCUACUGCAGUCGAAGCAUUUUGCUCGAGUGCAACUCGCCGCAGUCCCCGCAUGGCAUUUAGUCCGUUUAAGAUUGUUUCAGCCACAUGAAUUUGUUUAUGCUGCCUUCGGUUUCAGGCACCAGAGAGAACAACAAGUCCAAGUGGCUGUGAUGAAUCAGAGUGGGUGGGUCUAAUGCCAUUGACAAGAGCUCUAUUCACCAUUGCUUCUACAAUGUUCUUUUGUUUCCUCACCCUUGUGCAAAAUUCCGAAGUUGAGGCAGAUUGUUCCUAGUAAUGUGUUCAAACCUUGGUUCUUGUUGUACGAAUUUUGUUACACAAUGCUAUUGAACAUCCAGUGUUUCAUCAUCAUUGAGCAGAGAUGUCCUUUUCCAUUACUUGUCUGGAUGACUUAUGUGGACCUUGUCAAAGAAGCUGCAAAAAUUGAUAGGUGAUUGAUUC